GCCGGUGGCCACCAGCCAAAUCAGGCUUGGGCGGCGAGGGAGGAGGGGCAGGGGCCCCGGGAGGUGCCCUUUGCGACUCUGGGGCCACUCCUGCAGACUCUGGUCCCGCGAGCGCGAGCUAGUGGCAUAAAAGGCCCGGGAGGGUAAGGGCGGGCCUGCCGCCGGAGGUGGGCUCCAGACCCCCGCAACCUGUUGCGGGGCUCAGCGGGCUGUAAAGAUGGGCCGUUAUUCGGGCAAGACCUGUCGGCUGCUGUUCAUGCUGGUGCUCACCGCGGCCUUCUUCGUGGCCGAACUGGUGUCGGGUUACCUGGGCAACUCCAUCGCGCUGCUCUCGGACUCGUUCAACAUGCUGUCUGAUCUGAUCUCGCUGUGCGUGGGCCUGGGCUCCGGCUACAUCGCGCGACGCGGUCCCCGCGGCUCCAGCGCCACCUACGGCUAUGUGCGGGCGGAGGUGGUGGGCGCGCUCAGCAACGCAGUCUUCCUCACCGCGCUCUGCUUUACCAUCUUCGUGGAGGCCGUGUUGCGGCUCGCGCGGCCCGAGCGCAUCGACGACCCGGAGCUGGUACUCAUCGUGGGCGCCCUGGGGCUGGCAGUCAACGUGGUGGGGCUGCUCAUCUUCCAGGACUGCGGCGCCUGCUUCUCCCGCUGCACGCGGGGUCACCGGACCCGCCCUUCGCAGCCGCCGCGCCAGGGGGACACUGGUGGCGCUUUGGGGUGUCCCCGGGAGGCUGCGACAGCCACAGACCCCGGCUCAGACUCAGCAGUGACUCUCCGGGGGGCCUCGGCCGGAAGAAAGCAGCAGGAGGGCGCGACGGUGUUCUCGAAUGUAGCAGGUGAUUCCCUGAACACCCAGAAUGAACCAGAAGAGACAACAAAAAAGGAGAAGAAGUCUGAAGCACUGAAUAUCAGAGGUGUUCUUUUGCAUGUGAUGGGAGAUGCCCUGGGGUCCGUGAUUGUGGUUGUCACAGCCAUCAUAUUCUAUGUUCGUCCCCUGAGACAUGAAGACCCGUGUAACUGGCAAUGCUACAUUGACCCCAGUUUGACUGUUGUCAUGGUCAUCAUUAUCUUAUCAUCAGCCUUUCCACUCAUCAAGGAGACUGCUGUCAUCCUGCUGCAGAUGGUUCCCAAGGGAGUCAACAUGGAGGAGCUGACCACGAUCUUCAGGCGGCCUCCCUCUAUCACAUCCGACCCUUAUUAUUUUGGAUGGAAUCCAAACCCUCUUCUCCAAACAUGACAUGCCUUUUGUCCAGCAGUUUGAAGCUAUUAGCUGAGGAUUGAACCCAGAACCUUCUGCAUCUGAGGGAAGAAGUCUACCAUAGAAUUCUGCCUCUAGCCUCCUCCCUUCCCUUCCUAGGGAUCCAGUGGUCUGUACAGAGAAUGUCUUGGUCCUUUUCUCCAUGACUAUUUUGAGUUUCUCUGCCCCAUGGUCUCUGUUUAUUCAGCUGCAGCUUGAGGCAAGCAUUCAGUUCUAUUCUUACAACUUGAUUCCCUGUAGCUUCUCUGUUUGUUUCUCCUUCAUCCUUUGCAUGAGGAGUUUUACAGUCUGUUCUGAAGAUCACUAGUGUCCUUUUAAUUUUUUUUUCUAAAAACAGGUUUUUGAUGUUUCCCAGGCUGGACUUGGACUUAAGGUCCUCUUGUCUCAGCUGUCUGAGUAAUGGAGUUAUAAGCCUGAUGCACUCAGGUUUUCUUAAGGGUCUCACUUGCCUCCUGACAGAAAUGUUGGCACAUGGCAGGGAGGGGAAGGUACUGGAGAGUGGGCUCAGUGCAUAGAAGCCCUUGCUGUUCUUGCGGAAAGCCUGAGUUUAGUUCCUAGUACCCACAUGGUGGUUCACAAACACCUGUAACCCCAGAUCCCGGGAAUCUGAAUCCAUCUUCUGGCCUCCCUGGAUACUGGCAUACACGAGGUGUGCAUAUAUACAGGCAUACACGAGGUGUGCAUAUAUACAUGCAAACACUCAUAUACAUAAAACAUGGGGAUAUCACUCAGUAAGGUGCCAGCCGCAUAAAAAAUGAGCAUGUGGGUUGUAGCCCAAGAGCUAACCUAAGAAAGUCUGUAAUCCCAACCCUGGGGAGACAGAGACAGGAGCAUGUCUAGGCCUUGCUGCCUACCCUUCUGAGUUAACAGCCUGAGAUUCAGUGAGAGACCUUGUCUCAAAAAAUGAGGUGGUUCUGGGUGUGGGGACACACCCCAUUAGUCCCAGCACUUGGGAGGCAGAAGCAGGAGGAUCUCUGAGUUUCAAGCCACCCUGGUCUACUUAGUUCCAGGCUAACCAGGACUUCAUAGUUAGAACCCAUCUUUUAAAAAAGGAAUUGAAUGAAGGAGAGUAAUGGACUCUGAAGGCUGACCUCUGACCUCUACAUGGAUGUGUAUGCAUGCCUACACACACAUGUUUCUACACACAGCCACCUAUACAUACGAGUGCACACUCUUGGAUUUUAUUUCUGGUCUCUCAUAGCCAUAGCUGUGAAAGAUCUGCAUCAGAGAAAGGUUUCUUUUCCCUGUUCUCCACUGACCAACACAUGACCAGCCUGUUAGCGCUGGCCUCCCUCCUUCGGUUGAGGGCUGUCUCAGCUAGGAUGGACUUAAUUUUGCCUGAGUGUAGUCGGGUUAAGAGAAGAAAGGUGGUUGUAUUUUUUUUUCUUUUUUUUCGGGGCUGGGGAUCGAACCCAGGACCUUGCGCUUCCUAGGCAAGCGCUCUACCACUGAGCCAAAUCCCCAACCCCAGUGGUUGUAUUUUUAUUAACCAAGCAGGAAGUGGGGUAGAGAAACGGGUCCACAGGAUUGUUUACAUUCCUCUGAUGGAGCAAUUGGCUUGUUCACUUCAUGAGCUGUCAUAAAAAAAAAGUUCUUCCCCUGCAAGAUGUGGUGGAUGGGUGGAGACAACUGAGAUUCGAAAUGAGAAAAGCCUGUAUGGCAGCGUUCUAGUCAAAUAUUUCCAGAUUUUAUAACUUUGAACCCAUUAUCCCACAAGAAACAACACAAAUGUCUGUGGACUGUUUACCCAAGUGAUUGCGGUGAGGUCUGUAGAGAUACGGCCAUUUUACUCUCCACAGAUUAUUAAAUGGCCAAGGCUGACACAGAGGCAAUUGCCCUUUAAAGAAAAGUAUUGAUUUACUAGGGAUUUUGGAGACAGCCACGUACUUUGGUGUACUAAGUGGAGAUGAGAUUUCGUUCAUCUUGACCGAAGGGGUUUUUUAUAGCCUUGUUCGUGAGUGUGCUGCCAGACUGAAGAGGUCCUACCUUGUUUCCCUUCAUUUUUUUGGCACUGUGGGGAAGAGCAGAGCUGAGGACAGAGCUGGCUCCUCAUGCUCCACUCUGUGCUCCCAUGUGACCUCGGGUCUCGUGAACACACUCAGGACUCAAGUUUCUUAUCAAUAAGUAAGUAUGAUUAGAACCUCCUGCCUGCCCUACACGUUAGGGUGGGUUGUCAUGUAAGGUGAUGGUUUGAGAACUGAGAAUGUCAGUAUCCCCGCUGCCCACACCUGCUAAGCGGACACCAGGGUCCUUCCGAGGUCUCUUAGCUUCUCUGCAAAGCUUAACUCCCAAAUGCUGCAGGAGCCGCUUCUGGAGGCAGCAGAAGCCUCCUUGGUUACCGAAGGACAAUGCCUUCGCUCAAAUCAUUUGAUUGAUUUGGCAAACACAGAAUGAACCUGUGGCAGGCCCAUAGAAAGAGCGGUGUGAAGAACAGAGGAGUCGUCUGCAAUGAUAUGUGCUAUCUCCUCAGGUCUACCAUGAUAUCGACUACUUCCUCAGGUCUUUCCAGUAUAGCAACAGUUUGACCGCUGGGUGCUCCCCAAUAUUCAGUGGAUUUUUAGCGCUCUCCCCCACCCCGUGUGUGUGUGUGUGUGUGUGUGUGUGUGUGAGAGAGAGAGAGAGAGAGAAAGAGAGAGAGAGAGAGAGAGAGAGAGAGAGAGAGAGAGAGAGGAGAGAGAGAUAUUUCUGCAGAAAGAAACUGGAGUUUGCAUUUGAUUCAGAAAGGAAGUGUACCUGAAAAAACAAAGGCCAACCUCUUGAGAGCCGAACUGGGUCCGAGAACAUGCACCACUAUGAGCAAAUGGUAGAGCAAAUGGUAGAGCAAAUGGUGCAUAAAUUAUUAUGCAGUGGACUUAGUAAAGAAACAUCUUCCUCUCUGUGUGUGUGCACACCCAUGUGUGUGCUCUCACACAUACACUCAAGCCAUGAGAAACCGGAUAUCUGUGCCCCGCCAACCAAGGGAGCUUUAGAAAAGGUCUUAGUCCUAAAUCCAAAUUCAACUGUUGACUCUAUUAAUAUUAGUUUAAUUCUGCUACAUUUAGGUUUCCUGAACACAACGGGGAGACUGAAUGAGGUUAGAGAGCAGAUGUGGGGCUGGAAUGAGGAAAGGAAUGCCCGAGAGUAGGAAAUCAAAGAUUAAGAUCACAAAGGUGAAAGGGUUCUUGGUGAUAGGUGGGGUCAUGGAGUGAAAGGGUUCUUGGUGAUACAUAGGGUCAUAGGGUGAAAGGGUUCUUGGUGAUAGGUGGGUGGGUACAGUGGAAUGGAGGAGAAGGUCAUUGGAACCCAGGAACUAGAGCAUGGGCUAAGGGACAGCCACGCACUUGGACAGUGGAAUAGAUUAAGAUUAUGACAAAGCUAAAAGACAAUGAGGGUCACCGAGAUGGCUCAGUGGAUAGACCCCUUCUGAGCCCGAAGCCUGAAUACUUGAGUUCAGUCUCUAGAACUCACAAUGGUGGAAGGAAAGACUUAAACGACUUCUACAGGUUGUCCUCCAAUCUCCUUGAGCAUGCCUCAGCGCAACGGCUUACUCCCUCCCAUAAAUAAAGGAAUACAAAAGUUAAAAAAGCAUGGCAAACAUGUCCAGCAUCUCUUAAAAAGUUAUAGGGAAGAGAAACGAGCAGGAGACCAGUGUUGACGGGAACAGGGGCUAUUAAGAGACCCCCCACUGCUUGCUGCAUCUGUUUCAAAGUUCCCAUAGUCACCUUCUUGAAGCCUUGACCACGCUAGUUAGAAUCCUUUGAAUGGUUCCUCCUGUCUGCAGGAGAAGUUCCAGGUUCAAGGUUAUAAUUCAUGCCAAUCCUCUGUACCUUCUCUUUCCACACUAAGUUCCUAGCACAGUUCUCUUCCAUCUCUUGUGUCAGUUGGAAGAGGACCACUGCUCUUCCCUUCCUAUGAACCCCACUUCCAAGCCUGCUUGGGGAUGUCUACUCACCACGUCUCUGUGGCUGUGCUGGCCUGCUUCCUUUCACCUAAAUGCUGCAGCCUUGAAUGAAGUUGGUGAGAUUUCCUGGCUGAGAUGUGCUUUCUUUAGGAAUCUUCGUAGGUGCGCGCGUGCGUAGACCCGUGUGCGUGCCCGUGUGUGGUUACUUUGCUUUAACUGCUGGUUGGGUGUUAGACUCACUUGGGAGGGUCUCAGAGCCAGGCUUCCACUCUGAAGUUUGCUUUUCAGCUGCUCUUAGCUUGAGUCUUUCUCUGCUUCUUUUGGAUGCUUAUCAUAACACCAAUAAUUCAGACAUUUUGUUUAGAUUUAUUUAUCUAUUUGUGUGUGUGUGUGUGUGUGUCUGUGUGUCUGUGUGUGUGCCUGAGUCUAUGUCUGUGUACCACAAGUAUGCAGAAGCCUGUAGAGGCUAGAAGAGGGAGCCCAAUCUCUUGGAACUGGAGUUACAGGUGUUUGUGAGCUGCUAUGGGGGUGCUGUGGAGCUGAACCCUGGUCCUCUAAAACAUCAGUUAUGCUCUUAACCCUUGAGCCAUCUCUCUAGCCCCAGUUUUGAUAAUUAAUAACUAUCCCUGUUCCAAGAGCACUAUGGAAAUGUCACGGGUCACUGCUUAUGAAGUUGAUACUAUUGUUACUUGCUCCCCCAAUGUUGGUUGAGAAAACCAAGGCCAGACUAAUGAACUUCGUUCACAAAAUGUGUGUGUGUGUGUGUGUGUGUGUGUGUGUGUGUGUGUGUGUGUUUUAGAAAAAGUGGGAAACAAAUGGAGGUGCUCAGACAACUAUUAAGUAACUGAACUGGUCAGCCCUUUGACAACAUACAUACACAAAUCGUAUAUAUUUAAGGACUUGAGGUUUUUUUCUCCCUUAAACAAAUGUUCUCUCUGUUUUCCAAGAAUGUAAAAUACUUUGACUUUUCCUUUGUUGCCAGUUUUAUGGUCAGAUGAAAUUUGACAUGGGACAAGUCAACAACAACAAAAGCCCUGUGGUUUGGUGUAACACUUUAUUCAAUGUUUGAACUUGUGUCGAAUGUUGUUCUUAUGACCUCGUGAAAGGAAGCCUUUGUUUGUUUCCAAGAAUCGUGUCUAUGAAUUUUAUAUUUGGGGUUAAAGGUUUUUCUCUGCCUACCUGGAGACUCUGGGUUUCCUUGUAAGGCACCCGGGUUGCUCCCAACUGGCCUCUGAUAUAUUAAUUUUCUACAAAGUCUCAGGAAGCUCUCAGGGUAUCUAACUUGAAACUCGAGUCCCCCACCCUGGAAUUUGUUCCCAAAUAUGUAACUUACUCAAUUCAAGAGGACGAAGCACACUUAAAAUACGAGCAUCUGUUUCCUUCUUUUAAAAAAUAUUUUAUUUUACUUAUUUAUAUUUAUUUUAUUUAUUCAUAUUUAUUUUAUUUACAUAUUAUUAUGUAUCUAUGUGAGCUCUGUCUGCCUGUGAAGCCAGAAGAGGAGGCUCUCCCCCUGGGUCCUCUGCCAGAGUUCUGAUUGCUUUUAACCACAGAACAAUCUCUCCCUCCCUCUCAGAAUUUUUUCUUUUCUUUUAAGUACAGUUCCCAAAUUAGAAAUAAGUAGUCCCCUGACUCAGGAGAUAUUUGCAUCGGGGGUUUGCAUUGUAAAGAAUAGGUCCUCUUACCCUGAUAUUACUCAGUGUUUUAUAAAGGUGCAAAGAAAGAAAGGCAUGAAAAUCACAACAGAUUCUUCAGGGUCCUGUGUGACUCAGUGGCCCAUGUCUUACUACUUGUAGUUCACAUUUUAAUUGGAGGUUUGUUUUCAAUAAAAAAAUUGGGGCAGUGGGUUGGAGAAGGUAGCUCAGUGUUUAAGAGCGUGCACUGCUCCUGCAGAGAGCCUGUGCUCUCCAGGGGAUGACUUUUUACUUUUUAUCUUGCAGGCUCCUUGGGAUCCUUUUAAACCCAGGGACAUUUGUUACUUUGUCUUCCUUAUAUUUAGACAAAAGUUCAUCAGGUUGUUUUUUUCCAAAACCCCAGUUCUACCGGGCUAUUCUCUGGCCUCUCAUCUAUUUUUGCUCAUUGUUACUGUUAUUGUUUCUUUCCUUCUGCUGUUUGCAGACUUGCUCUUUUUCUGGUUUUUCUAAGCCGCAGGCCAGCUCUGGCUUUGACAUCCUCCUCCGAUGACGUAGGCGUUGGCUGCUUUUCUCUUUCUUCUUCCUGUUGCUCUUGCUGCGUCCAGUCAGGGUUUUGUUUUCCUUUGUUUGAAGAUAUUCUCCAGUUUCAUCUGGGGGGCUUUGACCUGUUGCUUAUUCAGAAUGAUUGCUGUGAAUUCCCACAUACUUUUCAGUUUCCCAGAAUUCCUUCUGCUAUUUUUUUUUUUUUUUGCUUCAUUCCACUGUAGCUGGAGACAAAGAUGCUAUUUUAAUUUUUGUCUGCUAGGAACAUUUUGUCCAUACUCUAUCUCAAGACCACCGUCUCCUUGUUGUUUUUCUGCCUCAGUGUUUCAUUCAUUGAGAUUGACGUUUUCCACCCCCCCACCCCUGUCAACUGUAUCUUUAGGUUGUGUGAUGCUGGGUGGAUAUAUAUUUUAUAAUUGUUUCAUCUUCCUUGUCAGUUGACCAUUUAUUAUUACGUGACAUAAAAACAUCAUAAGAUACACAGAAAAUAUUAUAGGAAAGUAACCCUUCCUUCCUUUCCUAUCGUCCUUGUUGCUUUGUGUCAGGCUAAAUGUUUACUGAGUAUAUGUCCUUCAUGUAGCCCUCAGACAAAUCUUUCCCCAGCUCUGGGCCACCUGUGGCAUGGCUGGAAUUUGCAAGCUGUAGCAUUUUUCUGAGAUGGGUGUUGGGAUUAAAGAGCAGAUGACUGUCAUGGCUAUGGUACCCCGAUGCAGUGAUGGGUCAGCUCUCUGAGGUGCCCAGAGGUCUAGGCUGUUUUACUCAUGGAAACAUAAAUAGUUUUGCUCCUAGAAACAACCAUAAACCUUGGAGAGAGCCCUUUGUCCCAAGGCAGUAUAACCCCAGUCCAAAGAUGUGGGUUCCUCACACGAAAGGUAAUUUAAUGGUCAACUGCCAAAUUAAAUCACCCCGAUUCUCCCCUUUAUCCUUUAAGGAACUCGACUUCUUGUCUCUUUGGGAGGGCCCUUGGGCUAGCAAAAUCAAGACAACUCUAGUAUUUGAGAAAGAACCAGUCAAUGUUCCCACAUCCUUUGUGAUGGUUCCACUGGACACUUCACCAGGUUCGUCCAUAGGUGGUCACUUUUUGUGGGUCUCUUCUGGCCCCAAAGCAAUAUUGGAGUCUGUGUUGUGAGGUGUUAUCACAACAUGGGCUUCUUGCAGGUAGGAGGCAGGACUCUUGUCUAAUGUCCCAAAGCCAAGAGAAUGAUAUUUUAUAGGGAUAAAGCCAAGAGAAUGAUAUUUUAUAGGGAUCUCUGGGAGAUCAGUUAGUGUUACUGGUAGGGACCCAAGAUCUGGGUGGCCCACAGGAGAGUAAGGCUGUCUAGGUUCAUCUGGUAAUUAGUUUGUCAGAAAAGGAAAGAAUUAGAAGAGUCUAGACCACAUGGGUCGGCAUGUUUCCUGGCACUGCGGAGGGGUCUAGGCCUGCGAGGCGGGUAAGCAGGCUGCAAAGUAUUGCAGAGAAUAUGCCUAUCGGGUCUGCGGUGAAGGACUGGAAUGUUCCUUGUAUCCAAAAGAUGUCAGGGGUUUCUAGGAAAGUUGAGACACACGUUAUGGGUCCGAGGCCAACUAUAGCCCUUCCUCAUAUCCAGCAGAGCAGAAAUUAGGAUGUACUAGGGGGAAUCUGGAGUAUCUGGAAGAGAGGGGUACAAAGAAGUUGGUGAUUACUCCUUAGUGAUUCGUAGGAGCUGAGAAGAAGACGACUGGGUGUUUUGAGGCUUGGUGGGCUCUAGAGCUGUGGAGUGAAAUUGUUGGGGAACCUUCUCAAGUCUGGAAAGGUGGACCCAGGAAGAGUUAACAUCAUUUCAUUUUAGGCAGUGUGGGGCGAGUAAGAUGACUUUGUGGGGGCUUUGCUAUUUAGGUGUUACAGGUGAGAUGGAUCUGGAAUGCAUAUUGUGUC